UCCAUCUUUUUUUCGGGUAUUUAAAGGGACCAAGAUCAGCUCUUCUCAUCCAUUGCUCAUAACUCCGUUCACUCCGUUUUCUUGCUCUCCGUUUUCUUUUCUUAUUGCAUUCUGCUUUUUCUCCAUUAUUGUCUCCAUUUUGGUCUUCAGCAAGUUUAGUUCUUCUGAAUCUGUAAAGGAGGAGGAGAGGAGCCAUGUCUGAUAAUAGAUUUUUGGGCCGCGUUCAUAGCGUUCGUGAGCGGCUUGGAGACACUCUUUCAGCUCACACAAAUGAGUUGCUUGCCCUCUUCUCAAGGUUUGUCAAACAAGGGAAAGGGAUGUUACAACCCCACCAGAUUUUGGCUGAGUAUGAUUCAGUGAUUCCUGAAGCAGAUCGCCAGAAGCUCAAAGAUGGUGUCUUAGAAGAUGUUCUCAAAGCUGCUCAGGAGGCCAUAAUUGUACCUCCAUGGGUGGCACUGGCCAUCCGACCAAGGCCUGGAGUGUGGGAAUAUGUGAGGGUUAAUGUGAGUGAAUUGGCUGUGGAGGAGCUGAGCGUGCCUGAGUACUUACAGUUCAAGGAAGAGUUGGUUGAUGGGAGAUCUCAGAGCAACUUUACUCUAGAGCUGGACUUUGAGCCUUUCAAUGCUUCUUUCCCUCGCCCCUCGCUUUCAAAAUCCAUUGGUAAUGGUGUGCAGUUUCUGAAUCGGCAUCUUUCCUCCAAAUUGUUCCAUGAUAAGGAGAGCCUUUAUCCUCUGCUUAAUUUCCUGAGGCAUCAUCAUUACAAUGGAAUGGUUAGUUCUCUGUUAUGUUAAAUAUUUAUCCUAUGA